ACAGCUACUUUAUAUAAAAGGACAGCGGCACAGAGGGCAUCUAUUGAGCAUCAGUCGGGCCCCCACUAAAAUAACAAUGGGAAAGAUCAUAUUCUACGAGGACAGAAAUUUCCAGGGUCGGCACCAUGAGUGCAUGAGCGACUGUGCUGACCUGCACCCCUAUUUCAACCGCUGCAACUCCAUCCGGGUGGAGAGCGGCUGUUUCAUGGUUUAUGACAGACCUCACUAUCUGGGCCACCAGUACUUCCUGCGCAGGGGGGAGUACUCCGACAACCAGCGCAUGAUCGGAAUCAAUGACUGCAUUCGCUCCUGUCGCAUGAUUCCCAUGCACCGCGGCUCCUACAAAAUCAAGUUGUAUGAGCGUCCAGAUAUGGCCGGCCAAAUGCAGGAGGUGAGCGACGAUUGCCCCAACGUCCAGGACCGCUUCCGUAUGUCUGACAUUAACUCGUGCAAUGUGGUAGACGGCCACUGGCUGCUGUACGACCAGCCCAACUACAGGGGGAGGACCUACUACCUGAGACCUGGCGAAUACCGCAGAUACAAUGACUGGGGCGGUGCGAGUCCAAGGAUCGGCUCUCUCAGGCGAAUCACCGACUUUAAUUAAAACCUUCUGAACCUUGUUCCUUUGUCUAUUCUCAAUAAACAUGC